AGAAGUUAUGUGUAAAACAGAGAUUAUUGAUAUGAUUUUAUUUAUUUGUUUGUUAAAGAAAAAAAGAGUUAUAUAUUAGCAAGGAAAAGCCUAGCAUGGAAACUAGCUGGAAGCAGCAUUUGGUAGGUUGCCAUGGUAACACAGCUUCCCUUGGGAGAAAAGGGGCGUGGCUAAGAUGACAGUUAGAGCAUUUUCCCUUUUAAAAGUUGAGUUGCUGUGAGGGUUUUAAAAGGAGUGGCUGUUAGGGGCUUGAGAAGAAGAGUUGCGGUUAGGUUUUGGAAAGAUUAGGAGCUGGGGAAAUCAGCUAAGGACGGCAGCUUAUGGUCACUCAGGGGAAAGGCUGGGAAUAUAAGCUGACCAGGGGAGUUUAGUAUACUGUGUUGAGGAGAAGUUAUUUAAGAAAUAUCCAUUCAAGAAAGACUACAUUGUAACUUAAGAUCCGGAACGUUUACUGAUUGAAACCAUACGCUUAUGUACCAAAAAUAAACUUGAAUUUUGUUAUUGUUCAUAAAGAUAAGUCUCCUUGCCUCUCUGUAAGCCUGUUACCUCACGUUGGUGGCAGUUACCGUACCUAUCUAUAUAAGUUACCGUACUUUCCUAUAUAAGUUACCAUCUUUACUCAUUUAAACCCAAUCAGUUCCGUUAUCCUUCCUUAUCCACUAAAUCAUCCCUGUCAUACAUUCACACAUCCUCCAUCCCUCCCUCUCACACGUGCACACAUCUCCUGAAUUGGAGGCAGCAGUGGGAUUUAAAGACAAAGAUUUCCCCUGCCUGAGUUGAGUACCACAAAUUGGGCUCUCUUCAAUUGGGGGCAGCGGUGGGAUCAAAAGGAUUCCAUCCCUGUCACCUCAGUUCUCUUCAAUUGGUGGCAGCGGUGGGAUCAAAAGGAUUCCAUCCCUGUCACCUCAGUUCUCUUCAAUUGGUGGCAGCGGUGGGAUCAAAAAGGAUUCCUUCCCUGCCUCACCUCUCUUCAAUUGGUGCCAAGCGGCGGGAUACGUUUAACAUCUCAAACUAAGUGCCUUGAGACCGCAUAGGAAGAAAUCGUGAGGUAAAAUUUAAGGAAAAUGGCUACUAGACUACAAAAGAAAUUAGCAGGAGAGGCUAGUGAAUACCAAGGAGAUAGUUUGGACUCUGAGCAAACCCCUGAGACAAGGGAAACCCUUAAAUAUAAAAUUGAAUUGAGAAAAUUAGAAUUGGAGGAUAAACAAAGAGAAAGGGAGAAUAAGCAAAGAGAAAGGGAGGAUAAGCAAAGAGAGAGAGAAUGGGAGGAAAAACGAUGGGAACAAAAGAAGGAAUUGAAAAUAAUGCAGCUAGAGAAGGAUAAGGAAAUAGAACUGAGACGAUUGGAAUUGGAAAAAGAGAAAUUGGCACUGUCUCAACCACACAUUAUUAACCAAGAAGGGAAUGGUAGGACUGAAGCGUCUGAUCUACUUCUGAAGAGAUUCCCAAAGUUUAAUAAAGAUGAUGAUGUGGAAAAGUUUUUGAUUUCUUUUGAGAGGUGCUGCAGAGAUUUUGAAAUUGAUGAGGGAAAAUGGAUGCUUUAUUUAAGACCCCAAAUUUGUGGGAAAUUGUUAGAAAUAUAUGGUGAUGUACCUGAAGAGUCACACAGAGAUUAUAAUUUCUUUAAAAAGCAGGUACAACAGAAAUUGCAACUCACACCUGAGUUUUAUCGUUUAAAAUUCAGAUCUCUGAGGAAAGAAAAGCACCAAAGCUUCGCACAAGUAGCUUCAAAACAGGCUCAAUUAUUUGAUAGUUGGCUCAGAACCUCAGAAGUGGAAACUUUUCAACAGCUGAGGGAAUUAAUUAAGUUGGAACAACUGUUUCAAUUAGUGCCCUCAGAUUAUCGGUGGUUAGUUCAAGACAGAAAGCCAUCAACUGCCAAUGAAGCGGCUUUAAUGACAGACCAAUUAAUCACUCUGAGGGAAGGAUUUAGGAACGAUGAGGGACUAAGUGAGAGAAGGCAGAAUAAACCGCCAUUUUUCAAUUAUCAAACACACACACAAUACAAAAAGACGCCUGCCAUAGAAAACACCGCCUACAGGAGGCCUGAGGUAAUUAAUCAGACCAAACCUGAGGUAAAAGCAAGGUGCUAUCAGUGUGGAAAGUCUGAUCAUCUAAAAUACCAAUGUCCUCUUUUAAGAAGAGAUAAAACAUCCUUCUUUAUGAAUAAAGAGCCCAAAGAAAAUACUCUUAAUGGUGAUAUUAAGUUGCUAAGCAGUACUGAGACUGUCCCUAAGGAGAAACAAUGUUUAUUUAUUUUAUCCGAUGAUUUUUCUGAAGAUUAUUUUGAGCCUAUCACUAUUGUGAACCAACAAAAACAAGGUUGGAGGGAUACAGGAUCCCAGGUGUGUGUUAUCCACCCACAAUCGGUACCUCAGAAAUAUCAAAAGCCCACCUCUGAGAUAAAUCUAAAGGGUUUGGGACCAGCUGUACCAGCUGAGGUAAUAUCUCUCCCAAUUGAAUACAAUGGAUGGAAAGGGAUCUGGGACUUUGCAAUUAGUUCAGAUAUCCCUCAUGAAUGUUUAAUCGGCAAUGACCUAGCUAGACAAGUUAAGAACUGGAAAAAGUUGUGUGAGGAGAAGGAAGAUUACAACAGAAGCCCUAUUCAGGAAGCAGUGUGCUUACCUAUUCAACCAGAAUCUGAACAGGGUCCAGAAUCCAGUUCCGUCAUUAUUGAAAUUGUUAGUAAAACAGGGGGAGUGCAAGAAAUUAAACAAGCUCAGGAGGAAGAUGAAUCCCUGAAGCCUUUGUUAAAGCAAGCCAAAAAUAUUCCGGAAUCAGCAGAAGAACUACCCAAUAAAUUUGUCACAAAAGAUGGUGUGCUUUACAGAGAAAGCAAAAGUUUGAAAUCAGAAGAAAGGUCAGAAAUACAUAGUCAGAGUUUCACUGAAAUUGAAAGGCAAGCGCAGGUGGCUGAGAAACGGAAGGAGCAACAGGCAGAGCGGCUGGGCAUGGGCUUGGUGUCCAGGAGCUCUAUUUCUCACUCUGUCCUCUCUGAGAUGCAAGUGAUAGAACAAGAAACGCCAGUGACUACAAAGUCCACACGGUCCCAGCUAGAUCUCUUUGAAGACAUCGGAAGCUUCACAUCUGGACCACCAAAGUACAAAGAUAAUCCUUUUUCAUUAGGCGAUGCCUUCAGCUCACAGUGGGAGACAGACAACUCCUCUUGGGAAAUGGACAAAGGGGAAGAGGAGGCAGACAUUGCCAUCUCCAGCAUCCGGCCUAUUGGUGACAGACCUAUUAACAGAAGAGAGACAGAGAGCAAGAUAUCAGUAGUGGAGUCCAAUGAAGCUCAGCAGAAGUUUGCAGAGGCCAAAGUCAUCUCAUCUGAUAUGUUCUUUGGACGGGAAGCUGAUACAGUUCCAGUGGCUGAAUAUUUGACCGAUCUUCAGUCAACAAUGAGAGUGACAAGAGACAUCGCACAAGAACAUCUAGCUGUAGCCCAGCAGAGACAGAAGAGCUACUAUGACAGGUCAGCCAAACCAAGAAGCAAGCGGAGGUUAUUUUUCGAUGGAGAGAGUGGUAAAGACCCUGACGUGAUGGGGAUUGGUAGUUUUAACCAUCAACAGUUUACUUUCAAUAUUCUACAAAAAUGCUUGGACUAUGUAUCGCAAGACUUCUUAAAUGACUCGGAAGUUUCGCAAAAAGACAUUUUGGGACAGAGAGAGUUCAUUGUGUUGCUGGGAAGGACGAGUGUAAUUAUCCCCAACAACAUGUUAACCUCUGGAAUGCUCCGCAGAAGGAUCAUCGAUGAACUGUGCCAGGUGGCAUGAAGAAGAUCCCUAUGAAAUGUACGGAGUAUCGGAAGAUGUUUAGUCCAGUGUAUAAAUAAAGACUUGGGGAAUAACCCUGAAUGAAAAUUAAACUGUUACAAAUAUGAUUUAUGGAAAAUGUAUUUUUAAAAUGUCUUUUGAUUUGAGGUUGUGAAUCUUAACAAUGGGAAAGAUGACCAAUACGUUAUGGUUUGUAUGUUGAAUGGUGACAAUGCCAUGACUGUAUGGUAAGAUAUGGACAUGUUAUGUGUAUAUGCAACAGUGAAGGUUUGUAUUUUAUGAUUUAUGUAUUGUAUCUAACUUUGUGUUUUAUUUCAGGAAUACUGUUAUAUAUGUAUAUAUGUAUGUACUAAUUAUUUUUGCCAUUCUAGGCAUAGAAAAGGCAAAAAUAAUCUUUCUAAGGGGGGAGGUGUAGAGAAGUUAUGUGUAAAACAGAGAUUAUUGAUAUGAUUUUAUUUAUUUGUUUGUUAAAGAAAAAAAGAGUUAUAUAUUAGCAAGGAAAAGCCUAGCAUGGAAACUAGCUGGAAGCAGCAUUUGGUAGGUUGCCAUGGUAACACAGCUUCCCUUGGGAGAAAAGGGGCGUGGCUAAGAUGACAGUUAGAGCAUUUUCCCUUUUAAAAGUUGAGUUGCUGUGAGGGUUUUAAAAGGAGUGGCUGUUAGGGGUUUGAGAAGAAGAGUUGCGGUUAGGUUUUGGAAAGAUUAGGAGCUGGGGAAAUCAGCUAAGGACGGCAGCUUAUGGUCACUCAGGGGAAAGGCUGGGAAUAUAAGCUGACCAGGGGAGUUUAGUAUACUGUGUUGAGGAGAAGUUAUUUAAGAAAUAUCCAUUCAAGAAAGACUACAUUGUAACUUAAGAUCCGGAACGUUUACUGAUUGAAACCAUACGCUUAUGUACCAAAAAUAAACUUGAAUUUUGUUAUUGUUCAUAAAGAUAAGUCUCCUUGCCUCUCUGUAAGCCUGUUACCUCACGUUGGUGGCAGUUACCGUACCUAUCUAUAUAAGUUACCGUACUUUCCUAUAUAAGUUACCAUCUUUACUCAUUUAAACCCAAUCAGUUCCGUUAUCCUUCCUUAUCCACUAAAUCAUCCCUGUCAUACAUUCACACAUCCUCCAUCCCUCCCUCUCACACGUGCACACAUCUCCUGAAUUGGAGGCAGCAGUGGGAUUUAAAGACAAAGAUUUCCCCUGCCUGAGUUGAGUACCACAAAUUGGGCUCUCUUCAAUUGGGGGCAGCGGUGAGAUCAAAAGGAUUCCAUCCCUGUCACCUCAGUUCUCUUCAAUUGGUGGCAGCGGUGGGAUCAAAAGGAUUCCAUCCCUGUCACCUCAGUUCUCUUCAAUUUAAUUUCAU